AUGAUCAACAGUAUCAAAAGCCGAGGAAAAGUCAAGAGCAAGAAGAAGAGUGUUCGCGGUAGAUUGUUAGAAAUUUCGUAUUUUGUUAAAAAAAAAGUUGAUACAAUUGCGAGUGCUAAAAUGGCAUCUAAAAAUGCUCUCCACAAACUAUUAGGGGAGACUGGGGUCGAAUGGACCAGAGUGUUAACCGACACCCCAGUUAAAGAAGAGCUUCGCGUGCAGCAAACUCGUGAAGAGAUAAAAAAACGUCCCAUCAUGAACAAAAGGAAAUUGCAACAAAAUAAAAAAAAUCAAAUAUCCGAAGAGAGCAACAGAGUAACAAAAAAAAAUAAAAUUAAAAGACAAUUAUAUGCUGAGAAGGACAUAUGCGUCAUGUGUGGUGAGGCUGGCCGAGACAACGAAAUGUGGUUUCGUUGCAGAAAUUGUGCCAAGUGGGCUCACGAGCUCUGCACGAGUGUUUCUAGUGCAGUUGAUUACAUUUGCGAAUUUUGCAUACAUGAAUAA